GUCGCUCCCAUAACCACGCCCCCGGAGCGCCUCGGCCGACGCUCGGAAAACCUUGAUGGGGUGAAGCUGAAUCUUGUCGUGUUUCUCUAGCAAUUGUCUCAGGAGCAGAUGGCCACCCAGCGAUUUGUCUGACUGUGUUGGGCCUGGGCCGCUUGUUUCCAACUCUUAAGGGCCUGCAGCCCAGUAGACCCGAUGUUUCAUGGAACAAUCACAGAAGAGCUAACCAGUCAUGAAGAAUGGAGUCACUAUAAUGAAAACAUAAGAGAAGAUCAAAAAGAUUUUGUUUUUGUGAAGUUCAAUGGCCUUCAUUUAAAGUCUAUGGAAAAUUUACAAUCUUACAUCUCUCUUAGAGUAUGCAUCUUCUCAAACAAUUUUCUUACAGAUAUUCAUCCACUUCAGAGUUGUAUAAAAUUAAUCAAACUUGAUCUCCAUGGAAAUCAGAUAAAGAAUCUACCAGAUACCAAAUUUUGGAGUGGAUUGAAGAACCUAAAACUCCUCUAUCUUCAUGACAAUGGGUUUGCAAGGUUAAAGAAUAUAUGUGUAUUAUCUGCCUGUCCAAGCCUCGUUGCCCUCACUAUGUUUGAUUGUCCAGUAAGCCUUAAAAAAGGAUAUAGACAUGUUCUUGUUAACAGUAUAUGGCCUCUCAAAGCACUGGAUCAUCAUGUGAUUUCUGAUGAAGAAAUAAUUCAGAAUUGGCAUCUUCCUGAAAGAUUCAAAGCAUGUAACCAUCGACUUUUCUUUAAUUUCUGCCCAGCUUUGAGAAAGGGAACAACCUAUGAAGAGGAAAUUAAUAAUAUUAAAUAUAUUACUUCAAAAAUUAAUGAAAUUUUGGCUCAUAAUUCACCAGUUCUGAUUAUUCAAAGAUGGAUUCGUGGUUUUUUAGUUAGAAAAAAUUUGAGCCCUGUGUUUUUGCAUAAAAAACGUCAGGAAAAAAUUAUUAGAGGAUAUGAAACAAAAUGGAUUUACAUAACCGAAGGAUAUGAACAUAAGCUCCUUAAGGAUCUCUUUUUCAAGCCUGAAACUAAUAUAAAAGGAAAGCUUGCAUAUUGGAAACAUAAUAUCUAUUAUCCUUUUGAUUUAAAAAAUUUCAAUGAACGCAGAAAACAUGUUUCAUCUAUUUUAUGUGAAUUAAACCCGAAAGAUAUUGACAUGAAAUCAAGAACAUCAAGACAUCUCAUUCAGAAAGGUCAGGACACUAAAGAUGAAUUUGUGGAUGAAAAAUUGGAUACCAGUUUUAGGAUAUCAGUUUUCAAACUACCCAUAUAUACUUUAGGUUCAUUGAAGAAUGCUAUAGUUUUAAAAGAGAAAAAACAGGAUUUUUUUCUUGAGCAUCCUCAGCCAUUGUUUACUACUCCUCUAAAGUCAAUCAUUAAAAAAGACCCACCAGUGGAGAGAAACAUAAAAGAGUUUUUUGCAACACAAAGAGCUGGUAUGAAACUCCAAACACUUGUUGAUAUUGACAAAUAUUACACAGAACAAAAUAAGCAGGAAUGCCAUAAAGAAAAAGUGAGAGUUGUAGCCAUGGCACAACUUGCUCGAGAAAGAGGUAGAGUAACUGUUAGUAAAUAUUUGAAUGAGAAAAUAUGUGCUGCACAACAACUAAUUAAAGAAGACAAUGAGACAAUUCAGAACGGUUUACGACAAGUUUGGCAAAACAGAUUCAACUAUCUUGAAAAAACUAGUGAGAGGAGAGCUCUGUUUCUAAAAGAAAAAUCCCGAAAGGCUGCAGAGCGUUUAUUAGUUCAAAACUUAAAUAAUGAACGCACUGUUUUGACCAAAGGACUACUUAAAGUUGACAGAAUGAAGAAGAAUGAAGCUGUUCUAAAAGAGAAAAGCCUAAUUGUUAAGCAAAAACUAAAAGCAGAAAAAAUUGGAAAGAAUUUACUUAAAGAAAUUAGAAAAGUCAGGUCUCAAGAAAUAUAUAAAAGACACUGUCAAGAAAAAUUUGUUAUGGAUAUGAUUGCCUUUAAAAAUGCCUGUGAAAGACUUCAAGAUGCCAAAACAAAAGUAGCAAUUGUGAAAACAAAUUUAGACUUCAAAUUUCCCAAUGGACUAACAAAAUGAACCAAUGCCAGGUCACAUCCUAUGAUCAUCCUAAAUUAUAGUCAUUAUUUUUAGUUGAAUUAAUUUGAAAUAAUAGUCUAAACAAGAAAUACAUCACAAGAUGGAUUUGUAUAUAAAUAUUCUAAAAAACAUAAAAUGAGUUAAAAUGUUUCUCUUACUGGUCAUAAUUUAACUUAAAUAAAGUUGACUUAGCAACUCUGAAAACUUUCUUAUAUAUCCAGAUGCCCAAGGAACAAUUAAAACUUUUAUUUAUUGCAGACGGUGUUGCAGUGACAUUACUGAGAUUCUGUUUGAUAUCCUCUCUGAAUAUAGUAAUUCAUAAGCUAAUUUAGGUUUCUCUUCAAACCUUAGAAUAGUAAUUUCUACUCCAACUGCUGACUUUUAUUAAGAUACUGUGUACUUAAAUUACUUUUAAUACCUGUUUUUAUAUUUAAUUUCCUGCUUAUUUUCUUAAAGCAAUUUCUUUUUUAAGUAAUGUUUCACUAUUUUAUCAGUGAUUGAUGCUGUUAUAAAAUUCAGAAAAUAUGAACUAUGAAAGGUAAAUUAAAUGUUCUUAUCACCU